AAGUUAAAUAAAGUAACCGCAACAACACACGCCCAUAUAUAUAAAGAUCUUUUUAGUGCUCAACAAAAAUUCUGGGACUGUUUCAAAAAAAAAAAAUCUGGGACUAUAAUUGCUAUAAAUUCAGUAUCUUUCUGAAAAAAAAGAAAUCACAACAGAACUGACCUUUAUAAUUACUUGGUGUAUGAAAGCAGAGCAACAAGAGUGGAAAUGGAUCUAGAUGACUAUACCAUUAUCAAGGAAGGAGAAGCCGAGAUUCUUAUGCAUAAAAAGAACAGUGUCUUUUUCAACAAAGCCCAGGUUCACAACAGAGACCUAUCCAUUGCAGUCCUCAGGACAUUUAUAUCUAAACGCAAAGAAGAGCACGAAGCAAGGUUGUCCAAAAAAACAAAAUCUGCUCAAAAGUCAUCUGAGAAAGAUACUUGUGGAUCUGCUGCUGAAGAAGCAGCUGAUGGGUCUGCUAUGGAUGAUGAAAAAUCAAAUGGAGAAUGUGAAGCAAAGUUAUCUGAAAAAUAUGGUUCGAAAUCUGCUAUUGAAGAAACAUCUAAAGGGCUUGCUAUGGAUAGUGAAAAAGUAAAUGGAGAGAGUGAAGUGCCAGAUGAGACAUUUCAGGAUGAACCUUGUAGCAUAUCGGAAGAACCAGGGAAGGCCACAGAGCGAAAGAUUCGAGGAGAGCUGGGGCCCCCAAGAGUUCUUGAGGCAUUGUCGGCUUCUGGUUUAAGAGCUCUAAGAUAUGCUCGUGAGGUUGAAGAAAUUGGCCAAGUUAUAGCAUUGGAUAAUGAUCCAGCAUCGGUGGAAGCUUGCAGAAAAAAUAUAAAGUUCAAUGGUUCAGUGGCAAUUUCAAAGGUGGAAUCCCAUCUUACUGAUGCUCGUGCAUAUAUGCUCACCCACCCAAAAGAAUUUGAUAUGGUUGAUCUUGAUCCUUAUGGAUCACCUUCGAUAUUCUUGGACUCUGCAGUUCAAUCUGUUGUUGAUGGUGGUAUGUUAAUGUGUACAGCAACAGAUAUGGCAGUGCUCUGUGGAGGUAAUGGUGAGGUUUGCUAUUCCAAGUAUGGAUCUUAUCCUCUGAGAGGGAAAUACUGCCAUGAAAUGGCUUUGAGGAUUCUUCUUGCCUGCAUUGAGAGCCAUGCAAAUCGCUACAAGCGCUACAUUAUUCCUGUGCUAUCUGUCCGAAUGGACUUCUAUGUUCGAGUUUUUGUUCGCGUAUACACUUCUGCAAGUGCAAUGAAAAACACUCCUCUUAAGCUCUCAUAUGUUUAUCAAUGCAUUGGUUGUGAUUCUUUUCACCUUCAGCCUAUUGGAAGGACCAUCUCCAAGAACAAUAGUGUAAGAUAUCUUCCUGGGUUUGGUCCAGCUGUUCCUCAAGAUUGUGUCGACUGUGGAAAGAAAUUUAACAUGGGCGGACCUAUAUGGUCUGCUCCUAUACAUGAUCAAGAAUGGGUCACUUCCAUACUUGAAUCUAUAAAAUCUAUGAAGGACCGCUAUCCUGCUUACGAUCACAUCUCUGCUAUACUGACAACAAUAUCUGAGGAAUUGCCUGAUGUUCCACUCUUUUUGAGUCUACACAACCUGUGCGCAACACUGAAAUGUACUUCCCCAUCUGCAGUUAUCUUUCGUUCUGCUGUAAUCAAUGCAGGAUAUCGCAUUUCUGGGACGCAUGUGAAUCCGCUGGGGCUAAAAUCAGAUGCUCCAAUGGGUGUCAUCUGGGAUAUCAUGAGAUGCUGGGUAAAAAAUCAUCCUGUGAAACCUCAAGCACCUGAUCAACCUGGAAGUGUGAUUCUUGCCAAAACACCAGUUCUUCAAGCAAAUUUUGCUCGAGCUGUUGCAUCUCUUAGCAAGGCGCAGGCGAAGAAGGUAGCUCGCUUCUUGCCAAAUCCUGAAAGGCAUUGGGGACCAAAAGUUAGAGCAGGUCGUCAAAUUACCAGCAAACAUAUCUCUCUUUUGGGUCCAGAGGCAAUCAAUGGACAUCUAAAUCAUGAAAACAAUGAAGAGCCCGAAGCCAAGCGUCAGAAGAAAGAGGAGUGUUCUGCAUGAGAAUUAAGCGUACUUCUUUCAGUAUACAACUAAGGGCCAGUUUGACAUUGCUAUGGGGCACUUGCUUUUAGAAAUUUAACUAUCUUUUUUAUUUUUCUUAUUUCUGCUUUUUCUCAACCGGCAUUUGGAGAAAGCUCAUAUUCUAUGUUUUUUCCAAAAAAUCAGAUUUAAGAAAGCAGCUAGAGAAAAAAGAAAGAUAAGAGAAUAAAAAAAUCAAAAGCAGGAAGUGAAAAGCAAUGGCAAACUGGCUAACUAUGUUGUUUAGAGCUUCUGGUUGCUCUCCCUGGGUGGAACCUAUUUUCUGCAGAUGGUAUGCAUCAGACGGUGCUCUGAGGUGAGUAUGAAGAUGACAUUGUGUUGUGGCAGACGUAGAAGCAAAUCUUUGCGCCAAUUUUGAAUGUUAUUUGUUUUAUGCUUUUAGUGUCCAUUUAUUUGUGCUUGGUAUUUUGGUUUUGACAAUUUUUUGUUUUUUCUUUUUCUCUAACGAAAAAGAAGAACAAGAUGCCAUCCAUUAUUAAAGGAAAUCUUUAUAUAUUGCUUUCAACUUC